AUGGCUUCCGUCACAAUGGAUGACUUGCAUCUUCCUGGCUACGAUGACCUUCCGCCUGUCGAGGGCAUGCCCAAGGGCUGUGCCUGGGGAGUUUUCGACAAGGAUGGAAAGAAAGACCUCUUCGGGACCUUAAACCUGCUCACCCCUUCAGUUGUGAAGGCAGCAGGCGCUGAAAUACGAGAUGGCGUGUCCAUCUCGUUGAACUGGCCUCUGGACAGCAUGAACAAGCUGGCUAUCCCUGGACGCAAGCAAUCGGUUCAUAAGGUGCACACGCUGCAGACUGCCGGCCUCAGUCAAGGGAUUGGCUGGGACGACGAGCUAGAGUUCAACACACAAGGCAGCAGUCAGUGGGACAGUCUUGUUCACUGGCAGCAUCAGCCGACGGGACUCGCCUACAAUGGCUUCAAGCCAUCUCAAGAGGAACUUUCGGCGACGUCCACAACGACAAACAAGAUGCCCACCAUCGACCACUGGCAUGAGCGGGGUGGCGUGGUGGAACGCGGGGUUUUGAUCGACUACAAGGCAUAUGCCGACGCGAAGGGGAUAGACUACCAUCCCAUGGAGGGCUACCGCAUCACUAUCGAAGAUAUUGAGGCUGUAGCCAAGCAUCAAGGCGUAGAGUUCAAGCAGGGCGAUAUUUUCUUGCUUAGAACAGGCAUCACUGAGAUCCUAGAUAAGCCUACGCCGGAGGAUUUUGCAAAGCUGGGGCAGUAUAAGUUAUCCGGCGUGCAUGGCACAGAAGAGACGGCCAAGUGGUUCUGGAACAAGCACAUUGCCGCUGUUGCUGGCGACUCCAAUGCCUUUGAGGCAUUUCCACCUGUCAAGCCAAACGGAACUUUGGCAGAUAUGACUGAUCUUGUUCUCCAUCCCUACUUCUUAAGUCUUUUCGGCAUGCCCAUCGGCGAGCUAUGGGAUCUCAGUCGCCUGUCGACAUACUGUCAAAAGACAGGAAGGUACUCGUUCUUCUUGACCUCUGCGCCUAUGAACGUCUCCUGUCUUGUAGGAUCGCCGCCAAAUGCCCUGGCCAUAUUCUAG